GUUGGCUUCACACGGAGCAAAGUCUAGAAUACCGUGUUUAGAUAAAGCUACACCUCAACUACAGCAGGCUAGUAAUCUUCUCUGGACUAUAUUUCCUCGACAACUUGUACAGGGGGUGUCUACCAAAAGUUUUUGUGGUUUAACAGAGAGCAUAAAGUCUAAGGAAGGUGUGAGGAUGGAGAGAGUUCGUCUGAACGAAGCUGGUAGGGUGGUGGAAGUGGAGUGGUCUGGCGGUGGGGUGAGCAGGUUUCCCUAUGUGUGGCUGAGGGAUAAUUGUCAGUGUCAGCAGUGCUUUAACCCCGAUUCCCACGGAAGGCUUCUUCUGAUGGCAGACUUGGACGUCAGAAUUUCCCCUGUCAGGGCUGCAGUUCAAGCAGCAGGCAGCUUGCUGACCGUUGAUUGGCCGGACGGACACCAGAGUCAGUACGACUGGCCCUGGCUCAAGGCACGGUGCUUCUCCACUCCGGCACUGGAGAAGCGAGCGGGGGACUGGCAGAGAAAGACCAGGCUCUGGGGAGCGGAACUUGCAGAUGAUUUCCCCACAGCAGAUUUUCCCGCCUUACUGACAGACGACCGCGCCCUGUACGACUUCCUGUUCCUCCUGGACUCGGUCGGCCUCGUUCUGGUGCAGAACGUCCCCUGUGAGGUCGGACAGCUGGACAGACUGGCCAAUCGGGUGGCGUUUCUCAAACUUACCAACUACGGGAAGGAGUUUGUGGUCAUGUCGAAACCUAACCCCAGUAACGUGGCGUACACCAGCGUUAAACUGGGACUACACACAGACCUUCCAUAUUACAACUAUACUCCAGGGGUUCAAAUGCUCCAGUGCAUCGAGCAAUGUAAGGGGGAGGGGGGCGACAAUUACCUUGUGGACGGCUUCAAUGCCGCUUACCAACUGAAGGAAGAGAACCCAGAAGCCUUCAGACUUCUCACAACGGUCAAGGUCAACUUCCAAAACAAAGGGACGGACUAUCACCGGUUUUUUCUUAGGGAAAGGCGCACUAUAAUCAGCCUAGACGACCAGGGCAAGGUUAAGUCUGUCAACUUUAAUGACCCGGCUCGUGACUCCAUCUUGGAUCUGCGUGAGGACCAGGUCCAGUCUCUCUAUGACGCGCUGAAGGCCUACAACACCAUCAUGUACCUGCCCAAGAACUGUGUACGGCAUAAAAUGGAAGCAGGUGAGAUGCUCGCAUUUAACAACACCCGCACCCUUCACGGCCGCAUCGCCUUCAGCCAGACCAGCGGGUCCCGCCAUCUACAGGGCGGCUACCUGGACUGGGACGAGAUCCACUCGCGCAUGCGUGUUCUCAAGACGGACCUGGGCAUCCAAGACUAGACACCUUCAUCACGAGUGUCUAACGAAUUCCGCUGCAAUAUUAUAAAAUGUCGCUAGAGAAACCAAAAUCUAAUCAUUGGAUGGCUCAUCAAGACUUGCCCACUUACCUAAGUGUCAUGCAAAUCCAGUCAUAUCAUCUUGAGUUUUCGUGCUGAACUACAUAAAUUCCUGUACAAUUCCCAGAAUUCUUGGAGAUUGCACACAAUACUAUAACUUUAGGCUCGCUCCUGAGGCGUUACCAAUAACGAUGUGUUGCUGUGCUAUGCACAGGGUAGUCACCAAGGGGCCUAAAUCCUCUACUGUGUGGUGAUGGGGUA